GCCCAUUUCGGGUCAUUUCACGAUCGGAUCUAGUAGAAUGACCUAGCUCCGGUGCCCUGCAGCAUAGUCGACCUCGAGAAUUGCACUCUUCAGGGCUCGUUUCAGUAUAUUUUUCACUACCACAAUCAUCCCUCUGUAUGGCCCAACUAUUGGAUUUACCUCCAGAGCUCCUUAUUCGAAUUUUCUUGCUGUUUGACAACCCCGGCGAUGUGCUCGCUUGCAGCCGCACGAACAGGAACGUUUACACGCUAGUCGUAGAGGAUGUUCGCAUUCAAUAUCACAUCGAGACUUUAGCCGCAAGGGUUACGAACAACCCAAAAUGCAUGCUUCCCAUAGCCGAACGCCUUGCACGGCUGAAACGUAGGGAGGCAGCUUGGAGGGACCUUUCUGUGCGCAGAAGUACCACUGUGCCUAUCAGCUAUUCUCCAACAGGUAUAUAUGACCUCUCUGGAGGCGUUUACUUCCUUGGGGAACGCCAGCAUAUUGGUCAACUGGCCACGCUUACGAGGAGUCUUCGUUGGAUUCGCUUACCGUCUGUCGAAGAAGAUAGGGAGGAAAGAGAGAUUCAAUGGAAUAAAAUUGAUGUUGGAAAAGACAUCGCAGAUUUGGGUUUGGCAUUGGACGAACAUGAUCUCGUCGCUGUGGCUUUCUUGUACGUUCCUUCCCCUUACCAUGUUGAAUUCUGCCUUACCGUCCCUUUUUCGUUCAGCGAAGUGCAGCAAAAUGGGAACGAUUUGUCCCGAGCCACGUUGAAACUUUCUGUGCAACUUCUCCAACUAUCGACGGGUCGAAACCAUCCUCUCGCCUCUCAGCCAACAUUAGAAGUCGACAGCUAUAGCAUUGCCAUCGCUCCUCCUGGAUUAUCCAUUGAGAUUGUUGGUGACAAAAUUGUCCUAUUGUUGACAUUCCCUUAUGGCGGCCCAGACGUAAUAGUAAAGCUGUUCGUCUGGAAUUGGAAGACUGGUCAUCUUCACUUCACACUUGAAGCACCACAAAUGACAUAUCAAUCUCUGUUCUUCCUUUCGCCCGACGUACUCGUCUUGCCUAACACCACCCAUCACUCAUUUGAAUUGUAUGACAUUUCGGUAUCUGGUAAAGGAGCACCAACCGCACCUCGACUCAUCCGCACUCUCCUUCUACCAGAACUCACGACAGGGUCGGACGUGCUCCGAUUGGCUUGUCGUGGAGAACCAAAUCCAAUGAGUAGUAAAUCGACGGUGACACAUCAAGAGCCGUUCUAUGACUCUGCGGAGGAUGCAAUCAUCGUCGUUAACCUUCUCGUUCAAAACCCUGCCAUUGGCGUAUUUGGUCGUAUAAUCAACAUCACGGUCGUCCUGCAUCGCAAUGCACUUUCGAAGUUGAUUGCUUCUCCCGAAGCGAAUUCACAAGGUUCGUUUAGUACUCCAUUACCUUACAAUGAAUGGGGACCGCUGGUAACGAGAUGGUUCGCCGCCAACGACUCCUCCACGCGAUGGAUCACAACAACAUGCGGCCAACGGUUCGUUGCCAUGCCGAAGAACGGCGGUGGGCAGGUCGUCGUACGCGACUUCGGCAAAUACGCCACCCGAAGAGCACUCGUCCUUAUACCUGAAGACGAGAGGGGCUCUGCUGAGUCUAGGGCUGACACGCAACGUUUCAUACGUUGGCGGGUGCUGCCGAGAUUACCGGUACGGGACGAGGAGGAGGAAGAGGAAGAGGAGGAUGCCGAAGAUUGGGAGAUGGCUGAUGAAGACGGCGAGGAAGAAUUCGAAGUGGAGGCGUUCGACGCCAGUAGACUGGACACGUACCUCACCAGUGGACAUUCUUCCACGUUCGGACAAGAGGUUAUUUUGGAGAGUGGGAACAUUGUAAGGGUCGUGACGGAGUCAACGUCCUUACCGGUUUCAUUAGGCGUGUUCAAGGAAGAAGUGCGGUCGUCGUUACCAUUUGUGGAGAGUGUGACCGAGGAGAUGUAUGAUUAUAGGGCAGUCUUGGUAGAUGAUAAAAGAAUUCUUGGAUUAAUGUUGGAUGAGAAUGACGAAAGAAUCAUCUCUGUCGACAUUAUAAAUUUUGCUUGAGCUGCUUGUACUAUGGUAAUGCUGUUGCUCUAUAUCGUAUUCCUUUUCACCGUCGCCUUUGGCUCUCGCAAACGAGGUCGCAGACAUUCUGCACUGUGCAGUUUUGAGAUUGGGG